ACUGUGCUGAACAGCACUGAUCCCAGUAGAAAUCCUUGGGGACACCACCAUUUACCUCUCUCCAUUCUGAAAACUGACCAUUUAUUCCUACCCUUUGUUUCCUGUCUUUUAACCAGUUACCGACCCAUGACAGGACCUUCCCCCUUAGCCCGUGACAGUUUACUUUGCGUAAGAGCCUUUGGUGAGGGACCUUGUCAAAGACUUUCUGAAAGUCCAAGUUCCCUAUAUCCACUGGUGCCACACGCACGCACCGUCCAGCUGGCCAAUUCCAUGCGUGGCUCCGGGGCCCAAAGCACAAGGGAACAGGAUUCUUUGCAGGCGUGGAACGGACGCCCCUGGGUGCACUUGGAACCGCUCCUGUCCCUUUGUGCACGUGGGACGUGCUCGCCUUCCAUCUGCACGCACAAGAGUGGGGGAGGGGCGCGUGUGCUUCCAGCUACGGCCCAGCCUCCACCCCUUUCUCACUAACAUCCGUCUUUAUUGAUCUGAUUGAUUUGCUCAGUGCCUGGGAUGUGCUUCUCGCAGCGUGAGUCUCCUCAUUCAAACCCCAUUGACCGGAACACGCCGCUGCCAGCCAACGGGAGCGCAGAAAGUGCCGGCGGUCACAAUGCCCGGCCGCGCUGACAGGCUGCACCUGGGGCCUAUCAGAUCAAGGCAAGGGGAUUCCAGAGAGAAGAGCCCCUGUCUCCCCCCGCCAUCCCACAGCAGCCCCAGACCUACCCCCAGGUCAGCCCCAGCGAUGCUGCUGAGCCCAGCUGUCAGGAUGGGACGUGGGCAGAAAGAAGCAUUCCCUUCCCCUGCAUUUAAAGCACGUGGCUUGCGACCAGGAGGAGGGUGAUUAGCCAGUGCGAGGAGACCGAAGUGUCACCUCUCCCCAGGGCGCGUCAUAGCAUGGAGGGGUUUGCCCUCUCCAGGCCCUUCGCUGACAUGUGGUCCUGGCUCUGUCCUUCGGGAGGCCGGUCAGUAUCAUUCCCCCGAUUUACAGACGGAGAAACUGAGGCUGUAUUGGAGACGUGCCCAAGGUCACCCAGCGAGUCGGUGUCAGAGCAGUCAUUAGACCUGGGGUGCUUCUGACUGUCCAGGGCUCCUCACUUGGGUCAGCAGAAAGGUUGGAACCUGCUACAGGCAGGACUGUCGACUUCUUGAGCUCAAGGACUGGCUCGGUAGCAGACUCUUGUCUCCCUGCAUGGCCUAGGCACUAGAGGAGUGGGAGAUGAGGUGCAUCAGACCUCGCUGGUCCUUGGAACGUGAACCUCGCCUGUGGAUGGUUCUUCUCUUCAGUCCCUCAAAUUCCUUUGGGCUCGUGCUGUUCUCCUCUGUCAGAUGUGUAACCUCGAAUGUAUGUGCUCCUCCGAGCCUGAAAGCUCAUCCCUUGCUGGUGAAUUCAGUCUAGCCAGGGAAGUUUAAGCUGCUGGACCAAGACCGGGACGUGCGGGAACCAGUUCAGUAUUUCAGCAGCGUGGAGGAGGUGGCCAGCAGCUUCCCGGACCGCGUCUUCGUCAUGGAGGCCAUCACCUUCAGCGUGAAGGUGGUGUCCGGGGAGUUCAGCGAGGCCAGCGAGCUCUACAACUUCACGCUGCAGGCGGGCGACGAGCUGACGCUGAUGGGCCAGGCCGAGAUCCUGUGCGCCAAGGGGGCGAAGGAGAAGUGGCGCCUCCCUACCCUGCUGCGCAAGCUGGGCCGGGCGGGCCCCCUGGGCGGCAAGCCGGCGAAGGGCAAGGUGCCCUGCCUGAUCUGCAUGAACCACCGCACCAACGAGAGCCUCAGCCUGCCCUUCCAGUGCCGGGGCUGCUUCAGCACCCGCAGCCCGCUGGAGCUGCAGCUGCGGGAGGGCGAGCACACCAUCCGCAGCAUCAUCGAGAAGGUGCGGCUGCCCGUCAACGUGGCGGUGCCCGGCCGGCCCGCGCGCAACCCCUACGACCUGCACGCCAUCCGCGAGGGCCACUGCUACAAGCUGCUCAGCAUCAUCUCCAAGACGGUGGUGCUCUGCUGCAUCCUGCGCAGGGAGGCCGUGGUGCCCUUCCACUUCCUGCUGCUGAGCGACAUGCCCCGCUUCGCCCUGCCCGAGGGGCUGCUCUGGGGCGACCCCCAGCUGGAGAAGCUGGUGCGGGACAGCGCCGCCGUCUGCCAGGAGCACUUCGACCCCGACGAGUACUCCAAAGCCGUGCGGGAGGCCAAGCCCGACCUGGUGGAGGAGUGCGCCAGCCCCCGGCGCAUCCGCCUCAGCCUGCAGGGCUGCGCCCGCGAGGAGCUGGCCCCGGCCUUCCAGCGCCUCUCGCUCUGCAUCUAUAGCGGGGGCUCGUCCCACGCCCCCGAGGACCCCCUGGCAGUGCCCCGCCACGAGCGCUCGGCCCCGGCUGACCUCUCCGACUCGGAGCGGGAGUACGUGACGCCCGACUGGGCCGAGCCCGAGUUCAGGACUCAGGAGCCGCUGGAGAUCCCCUACGAGGAGCUCUGGACCAACCAGAACCCGGAGAACGUCUCGGAGCCCAGCGGCAACCGGCCGGGGCUGGGCAGCGCCAACAAAGGGCAGCGCGACCUCAUGUCCUUCGCCGCCUCCUCUCCGCUGGGCUCCCCGCACCGCCCCGCCCUGCCCGGGGAGGAGCCCGUGGGCGAGAGGCCGCCUCCCGUCCCGCCCAAAUCCCAAGCGGUGAAGGAGGAAUGCCGCCUGCUGAACGCACCCCCCGUCCCGCCCCGGGGCAGCCGGCCCCACGCCACCUCCAGCCCACCGGUCCCCCUGCGCUUCCCAAAGCUCCAGCCGGCUCACUCGCCCAGCCCCAGCCUCUCGUACUACUCGUCCGGGCUGCACGACGCGUCAGGGCCGCGGAGCGGGAGCUGCUCGCCCUCCCCGGACUCCUACUCCCUCUACUGCUACCCCUGCACCUGGGGCGACUGCACGGCCGGGGACUCCGCCGGCCGCCAGCUGCCGGGGCCCCUGCCGCCCAGCACCCAGCCCAGCCAGACGUCCUGGUCGGACCCAUGGGCCUACGCCGACACGGGCCCCAGCGUGGCCAGCGGGCGCUCCACGCCCCUGCUGGGGGGCGACGCCCCCAUCAAGACCUACCACAGCUGCCCCCGCCUCAAGGCCCCCCACCCCCAGAAACGCUUCGCCCCUUUCGGGGCCCUGAACCCCUUCGCCAACCCCGCCUACUCGCCCAGCCCCUCCUCCUCCACCGAGUGGCUGGAGGCCCUGGACUGGCAGAAGCCCCCCUCUGCGCCCACGCCGGAGACCUUGGACCCCUUCGAGAGCGCCUCCCCCGAGUCAGAGCGCUGCUAUAGCCAGGAGGGCCGGGGCCCUGCCCCCCCGCCCCGCCCCCCCAAGAGCCUGGAGACGGAGAGCCUCGUGAUCCGCAGCACGGCACCGCUGUCACCCACCAUCGUGCGCGGGGCCGAGGGCGGCGUCACCCGCGUCUACCUCACGCAGGGCGUCAUCGAGGUGCCGCCGGCGUCGGCCCCACGCAGCGGCCCGGGCGAGAGCGCCAGCCACGUGCCGGGUGUGCCCCGGCUGAACGGCGACGGCUCCCCCUGGCAGCCGCCCGCCGACCUGGCGGCGCUGUCCGUGGAGGAGGUGUCCCGCUGCCUGCGCUUCAUCGGCCUCUCCGAGGACGUGGUGAGCUUCUUCGCCCGCGAGCGCAUCGACGGCAGCAUCUUCGUCCAGCUCCCCGAGGAGAUCCUCGCCGACGACUUCCGCCUCACCAAGCUGCAGGUCAAGAAGAUCAUGCAGUUCAUCAAGGGCUGGCGGCCCAAGAUCUAGUGUGAGGCCUGGAAGUGGCAUGUGGAUGUGGGGCCUGGUCCGUGGACGUGGGCCCUGAUCGUGGACCUGGCCCAUGGACGUGGGGCCUGGCUGGUGGGCCCAGCCCGUAGACAUGGGACCCGGUUCGUGGACCCGGCCCAUGGACGUGAGACCCGGCUGGUGGGCCUGGCCUGUGGACAUGGGGCCCUGCUCAUGGGCCUGGCCUGUGGAUGUGGGGCCCAGCUGGUGGGCUCGGCCCGUGGACAUGGGACCCGGCUGGUGGGCCUGGCCCAUGGACAUGGGGCCCUGCUCAUGGGCCUGGCCUGUGGAUGUGGGGCCCAGCUGGUGGGCUCAGCCCGUGGAUGUAGGGCCCAGCUGGUGGGCCCGGCCCGUGGACAUGGGACCCGGUUCGUAGACCCGGCCCAUGGACGUGAGACCCGGCUGGUAGGCCUGGCCUGUGGACGCAGGGUCUGGCUGGCGGGUGCAAUCUGUGGGGCUGGGGUGGGCCUUCAUACAAUGCCCCAUUCCCUAGGCUGGGCUCUGUGGCUAGACCUGGCUGGUCAGGGUGGGGCCCUGCACAAUGACCCAGUCUGUGGGUGCCAGGCCCACACGUACAGAUGUGGGGCCUCCAGUGUGCACAGCCCGGCCCAGGGACCGGGGAGCAGCCCACUGGCACUGGGGCCCCAGCACAAAGCACCCCGAGGUGUGGGGAGGGCCCUGCCUAUCUGGGCCACGCACAUGAACACAUGACCAGCACACGGAGCGGCACACGCAUGUCCCCCCCGCGUGUGCCCCUCCACCCCCUGCUGCCCAACCCAUGGCGAUCAGGUAAUUGGCGUGGGUUGUACUCGCACUGGGUCCCACCCAGACCCAGCCACGGGCUCAUGGGCCGGGGACCACCGGGAGCAUUGCUGCAGCUAACCUGGUUCCCCUGGGGCCCGGUUCCCCUCCACCCCAUUACCCCUUUGCUCGGCGGGGGAUGUGUGGAUCCCAGCUCCGCCUCCCCCCGCCGAUACCAUGCUGCCAUCCUCCCUCUCUGCCCUGAGCCCUCCCUCCAUUCAGCAUGUGCCACCACAGCCUCCCGGGGGCGCUGCAGCCCCUAAAUCCCCCCCCCCAGUCAGUGUCUCCCCCGUGUGCCCAGUAGGGCCCCAAGGCAGCGGGUGCUGGGCCUUAGUGGGCGACGUCUGAGCCCUGGCGUCCGCAGGCUCCGAGCCGCGUCUUUAACCUGCCACCCGCCCCGGCACCAACCGCCCUCAGCCCGGUGCAGGGCCUGGCCUGGGCACUGCCGUUAACUCGCCUGCCACAGGAGCUGGGGUAUUCAGCGGCCUGCGGCUGCUCUCCCCCGACCUCCCCGAGGAGCUUGGCUCCGGCUGGCUCAGGCCAGGCGCUCGGCCGCUCGCCCCACGUUCAGGGUCACACUGGCUGGCACCGCGCUGUCAGCCCCACCGGGCGGGGCCGGGCUUGGGUU